UGAUUAUUCUCUUCAAAUUGGAUGCUCUCCGUCUCAAGUCAUCAAGACGUCCCCUGUCGCACGGCUUUUCGGGAACACAAUAUGCGGCCUCUAAAUAGCCUCUGUUGACCUACUCCUCGUAUACAAAAAAUUACUUCAUUAGACGAUUAUAUUCCGGUUGAUCAAAGUCAUCCAUAUACUCUAGCUGCAUGACCGUAAUGACCCACCGCUAGUUAAACCACGACAUAGAAUCUCAAGAUGACUGUGAAAACCUCUCAACAGAUUUUCUCGCCUGAAAUAGUGCAAAAGCUCGAGAAUGAAUACGGGAUACUUCACCUCAUAUGUCACAGAAACCGCAACCAGCAUCGAGUUGCUGUUUGGUGGAAAGACUUAAACCAGCUUCAUAGAUCAGUGCGGAAAAUCCUACGAGCGGUUUACCAUUUCGAAGAGGUGACAAAAUACGCCAUUAAAGAGAAGUUGCACGCGGAAGCCCUCGGAGUGGCAUGUUCGAUGAUAAAAAAACGCUUGUCACAAGAUGCUUUUAUUCUUUUAAUGGGAUUGUGGCACUUGGGCAGUUCGUCAGUUUGGGGUUGGCAUUGGUGGCGAGUGUCAGUGCUCUCCAUACACUAAUCACAAGUAUGGAAGGACUUGCUGACAAAGUUGCAUCUUCCACUGUAAACGUGGGAUCUCACCGUACCUUUACAAAAUUCCCCGACCUGAAUGCUGAUGAUGAUUUGGGCGAAGAGAUACACUUCAUGGAGACAACCAAAG